AUGUGUGACGAGGAAGUAGCUGCCUUAGUAGUGGACAAUGGCUCCGGUAUGUGCAAAGCCGGGUUCGCCGGAGACGAUGCCCCAAGGGCCGUCUUUCCCUCCAUCGUUGGAAGACCCCGUCACCAGGGUGUCAUGGUGGGUAUGGGUCAGAAAGACAGCUACGUGGGAGACGAGGCCCAGUCCAAGAGAGGUAUCCUUACCCUGAAGUACCCCAUCGAGCACGGCAUCGUCACCAACUGGGAUGACAUGGAGAAGAUCUGGCAUCACACCUUCUACAACGAGUUGAGAGUGGCCCCCGAGGAGCACCCAGUCCUGCUCACUGAGGCCCCACUCAACCCCAAGGCCAACAGAGAAAAGAUGACCCAGAUCAUGUUCGAAACCUUCAACGCCCCCGCCAUGUACGUGGCCAUCCAGGCCGUGCUGUCCCUGUACGCUUCCGGUCGUACCACCGGCAUCGUCCUUGACUCCGGCGACGGUGUCACCCACACCGUUCCCAUCUACGAAGGUUACGCUCUGCCCCACGCCAUCCUCCGUCUGGACUUGGCCGGCCGAGAUCUCACAGAUUACCUGAUGAAGAUCCUCACCGAGAGAGGCUACUCCUUCACCACCACGGCCGAAAGAGAGAUCGUCCGUGACAUCAAGGAGAAACUCUGCUACGUCGCCCUGGACUUCGAGCAGGAGAUGGCCACGGCUGCAUCCUCCUCCUCUUUGGAAAAGAGCUACGAGCUUCCCGACGGACAGGUCAUCACCAUUGGUAACGAGCGCUUCAGGUGCCCUGAAUCCCUCUUCCAGCCAUCCUUCUUGGGUAUGGAGUCUGCUGGUAUCCAUGAAACCACCUACAACUCCAUCAUGAAGUGCGACGUCGACAUCCGUAAGGAUCUCUACGCCAACACCGUCUUGUCCGGAGGCACCACCAUGUUCCCAGGUAUCGCUGAUCGUAUGCAGAAGGAGAUCACCUCCCUGGCUCCCAGCACCAUGAAGAUCAAGAUCAUUGCUCCCCCCGAGCGUAAAUACUCCGUCUGGAUCGGUGGAUCCAUCCUGGCUUCCCUCUCCACCUUCCAACAGAUGUGGAUCUCCAAGCAGGAGUACGAUGAGUCUGGCCCAUCCAUCGUCCACCGCAAAUGCUUUUAA